ACUGGCCCUGUGUUUGCUUGGUAUCGGAUCCCAGAAUCUGCGGGCAGAUGAACACAAAGAGUUAAAGGACAAACUCCACCCACACCAUCGCGUCAUCGUCGACCUCUCGCAGGUGUCACGUCCAGGUUCUUUCCACUUAACUCAGAGUCAGUGAGGUGAUUCACACAAACGCUAAAAGACUUGCCUUCCCAGCUUCCCGGAUAAGGCGUCAGUCUGGGCUUCUGUGGAAAGUUUCUAAAGUUUUACUUGUUGGACGCUGAGGAGCGAAGACAGGAGGGAGCUCUGUGAGCGCUUCCAGAGGCACUGCUGCGCUCUUCACACGGAUCAGUCCGGCUCCGAGCUCCGGGAUGGCGGCCGUGAAGGCUCUGCAGCAGUGGUGCCGGAUCCAGUGUGAGGGCUACCGGGAUGUCUCCAUCACCAACAUGACCACGUCCUUCAGGGACGGACUGGCUUUCUGCGCCCUCAUCCACAAACACAGACCCGAUCUCAUCAAAUUUGAUUCGCUGAAGAAGGACGAUGUCUAUGACAACAACAAGCUGGCGUUCAGUGUUGCAGAAGAACAACUGGGAAUUCCAGCGCUGCUGGAUGCAGAAGACAUGGUGGCACUUAAGAUUCCUGACCGCCUCAGCAUCCUGACUUAUGUCUCCCAAUACUACAACUACUUCCACGGACGCUCCCCGAUCGGUGGAAUGGCGGGUAUAAAGCGUCCAGCCGAUGGCCCCAGCGAUGAGCCGUCAGGGAAGAAGAACCAGGCUGUGACGUCUAAGGUGUUUCCCUCUUCUAAGCCUGCCAGAGAGAACAGCCCUCCCCCAUCCUCCAACAUCACAAAGCCACUUCCUUCCCCAAAUCAAAACAAAACUUCAACACAGGAGGUUGUGGUUGGAAAAUCUCAGGCAGGCACCCUGAGUAGCACAUGUGCAUCCUGUCAUAAGCACGUUCACCUGGUGCAGCGACAUCUAGUGGAUGGGAAGCUUUAUCACAGGAACUGUGCAAAGUUGCUGUCAUCUGCAAACACAAGCACGCCUCUUCAAGAUUUGACCCCAAACUCCUAUGUUUCCAAAUUCACUCCUCUUAAAGACUCGAGUAAACACAGUACACCUGCUCCUACUUACACAUCCUCCAGUCUGAGUCCUUCACGGGUGUCGGAGAAACCCACCACUCCCAAGUCCACUUCUGCGUCCCCAGCCCCCUGGGCUGCAUCAUCUAACUCUUCGGCCAGACCCACAGCUUCACGUGACACUACUACCACUGUGACCUCAUCUAUCAACACCAGGCCGGCUGAAACUCCUCGACCCUCGGCAACCGCUGCCAAGACACUCCAGUCCAAGCUCAAGUUCUUCCAGGAAGAUAACACGGCAAAGGUGGAGGAGAAAAAGACUUCAACCUUCAAUGUGGACAUAAACAAAGGCCAGAGUGUUGGUGGUAAGGCACAACAGGCCACGGCAGGGAAAGCUGUUACUGUGGUCAUAAAUGUGGGUGGUACUGGAAAAAAAGAGGUAAAUGAAAGUUUGGACAAAGGUGGGAAUACAGCUAAAACAACUGGCACUGGCUGGAAGGUGAAACAGGAAGACGAGAGUAAUAAGUCAAAAGCAUCAGCAGCAGCCUUCAUCUCCAAAAAACUGUCUGAGGAAAACAACAAUAACAACAAAAAGCAAUCGUGGGCGACUACAGUACUAAAUAAAACUGAGAAAUCUCAACCUAAAGUCGAGACGCCAAAGAAGGAGAAAGAGGGAGUUGGAGGGAAGGUGAAGCUGAAAGUGAACCCAUCGAUCCUGUCUGACCUGCAGUUUGAAGACACCGCGAACUCUUCUGAGAGCCCGGGCAGUCAGAGCGGGCUCAAGGCCAAGACUGCAGACAGGGCACCCUCGAAGACGGGCAGUACAUUACCCAACACAUCAGCAGUGAAGGAGACUGAGACUCCUGCAGACUGGAGGUCGAAGCUCAAGCCCGUCUCCAAAGAAACCAAGCCUGCUGGCCCUUCCACUAAACCAGGGUCUAAUGAGGCUCCGAAGACCUCAGAGAUUUCUGCGAGGCCUUCCUCUCAGUUUCCCAGCCUGAGUAUUUCUGUCACUCCACCGAGAUCAAAGGGAUUACAGGAGGGUCUGAAAGGGCAAACAAAGAAUGGCACCAAGUCAGAGACAAAGAAGAUGAAGCCAGACUACAUUCCUAAAGAGGACAUCACGAAGGAGCUUGAGGAGAUUGAACAGAAUUUAAACGAGCUGGAAAAGAGGGGAGUCGAUCUGGAGGUGAAGCUGCGCAAAUGCGAAGAAGAGGGUGACGAUGACACUCUCACGGACGAGCUCAUGGUUGAGUGGUUUGGUCUGAUCAGGAACAAACAGUUGGCCAUGCGUCGGGAGUCUGAACUGGUCUGCAGUGGAAGAACCCAGGAGCUGGAGGAAGAGCAGCCCACUGUUGAGCAAGAGCUCAGGAGGCUGAUGGAAAAACCAGAACAUCUAAAAACAUCCUGGGACAGGAAGAAAGAACAGGAGCUGAUGAAGAA